AUGGAUGUGUUCGAGGAUGUGUAUAAUCCUCUGCCCGGUAUCGCUGAUGAUCGCAGGGGUGAAGAUGAAGACGUUGAUGGCAGCUGUGUUAUCCGACCGCCUCAGUCCUGGUGUCAAAUAAUUGAUGAGCGCUUUGAUGAUGUUGCAUCAGUUGGAACAGUCUGCAGCACGACAGUCAGCGAAGAAGGCAGCUCAUUCAUAAAUGAGUCAUCCAGCUGGAACCUGAGUGAAGUGGUGAAAUUUAAGCCUCCUUUAAACGUUCAAGUUGAAAACGCAGCGGGAUUCUACAACAUAACCUGGAGCCAUGACGACGACGCCGCCGCCGCCGCCUGCCUCAGAUACAGAGUCCGCAUAAGAACGAGCGAAAACUUGUUGAAGGAUCCAGUUUUGUCCAAGGAAAGAGUGUCAGAAAUGCACAUUCUGAUCAACCACAAUGAACUACAACCACAAACCAAUUAUACUGUGGAUGUUCAAGCCACAUAUUGUCCUGAAUAUUUCCUUCAGGGUCCAUGGAGUGAAUGGAGUUCCACUGCAAACUGGAAAACAGAGGCGUUAAAUGUCAAAGGUACUUGGUGGCACAUCUUCCUGUCCAUCGUUACUGUCUUCAUUUUUUGCCUGCUUCUGUGUUAUUCACAGAAAACGUGUUGGCAGAGAAAGCUUCAGGUGAUCACGUACAUCCCGAGACCGGAUGAGUUUUUCAAACCCCUGUAUCACAACUACGAAGGGAACUUCAAGGUAAGACGGCAAAACGACGUCACUCGUUGCGUUUUGUGUGUAAUUUCCAAAUCGAGCCAGCAGAGCUCCCUCAGAAGUUACCAAGAUGGAGCAAGCUUGGGCUCCUUUGAGGAAGACAACAGAGAGCAUGCCAGCUAUGAUUUAGAGGAGCCUCACAUGUCCAGGAUGGACAGACAAAGUGGGGUAUUACCACAGCAUGAAAACCGCAUAUCCAAUGACCUAUUAGUGGAAAACCUAAACUUCCAGCCUCACGAUCAGUUUGAUGAACCAGAGAGGGUAUCCCUUGACUCAUUUGAGCAGUCAGAGGAUGGCUACCCUCAUGUGGACUUGGACACAAUCGAUAGUGGUUUUGGGGAGUGCGGCAGCCCCGGAGCAUCAGACUCAAAUACAGCAGAUCAGAUCAACUCUGAUUUAUUUCAUCAGCACACGAACUCAAAUUCAAAUUAUGUCAAGCAGUGGAUGAUAUGUAGCACUAUUCAAGAAGACUCAAGCCACCUGGAGAAUGAACUCCAUGAAUCACGAUGAUUCAAAGUUGACUGACUGCUACCGUUUCAGAUUGUUGGGCGGUGGGGCACACGUUUAUUUAAGACUUGGAUCUGUUGAUGAUAUUUGAAUUAGAAAAAGAAUCUAGUUGAGUGGUCAUGCUGUAAUGUUGUGUAUUUUUAUAGUCUGAAUGUUUUUUUUUUUCUUGCACUAUAGUCUUGUUCCGUUAUUUUAAAAGAAC